AAGUGACAACCCUAACAUUUUUCUUCUCCAUCCCCAAAAUUUCACUUUAAAGAAAAUAAUACGGCACUCCCUCCGUCGCUAACAAUUCCUUGCCGUCACUACUAGCAGCCGGAUUCCUUCAUCUUCUUCAUCAAGCAUCCAUGGUAAAUCACAAUCUAAGAUUUUGAAUUAAGGUGAAAAAUAUUUGGAAAAAAAGUUGAAGUAGCAUCAAUUACAGAAAUUAUACACUCUAGAUCUGUGGAGAAGGAUAUUUGUGACGGGAAGUGUAAUCGUAACCUAUAGGAUGGAUUUGCAGCCGAGCAUGGUUGAGUUCAUGAUUUUAGCAAAGAUUUGCUUUUAAGUGACGAUUCUGCUUGUUAUUAAGAGGACAUACGAAGUACAGUGUUCAUCAUCUAUUCUAUGUGUUUGCACUUUCUUAAGCUGGAUAAUUAAAGAUGCCAAGGAGUAGGGGGGACACUUCUUAACGCCUUUGCUAAAAAAAUUAUAAUCAGGAAAGUAUCUUUGUGCAACGAAUUCACUUCAAGGGCGAUAUUCUGAUGCAUUGAAUCUAGAGUAUUGCAUUCAGUUACAUAAAAAUUCUGAGCUUUUCAACCAUGAAGAAGCCAAAACAUCAGAAAUCAGCUACAAAAGACCGGUUCAGUUUCUUGCUAGAGGAGCGUCAAAAAUUAGUUAUCCCUAUUGGACCAAGAUUUCAGGCUGAUGUGCCAGAGUGGAAUGGACCUCCUCAAAGGAAGUACCCCCACAAAAAUCUCAGCAAAUCCGACUCUUCAAAAUUUUUGGGCACCGUAAUUUGUUCAAAAGAAAAUACAAUCCCAGAAACCGACAGGGAUGCAAUUGGGAGAGGGAGACCUGACUGUUGUGAUUGCUACCCCCCUGGAUCCAUCCUCUGUGUCAAGCGUCACAUCGCUGAGAAACGAGCCCAUCUUCAGAAAGAACUGGGACCUGCGUUCCGAAUUUGGAAGUUUGAUGAGAUGGGAGAAGCUGUUGCUGAGAUAUGGAAGCAAUCAGAGCAGCAGAAGUUUGUGCGCAUUGUGAAAACGAAUCCAAUUUCAGAAGGUAAGAACUUUUUAAAAUCUGCCUUGGAAUGUUUUCCAUCAAAGUCACAUAAUACCAUAAUGAGCUAUUACUUCAACGUAUACCUCCCUAGACGAAUAAGCAUACAAACCAGGUCAGGCUGUACGUUAGUAGACACAGAUGAUGGUGAAGACGAAAAGACCCCUUGUUCCAAAGGGUCCCGGAAGAGGGCUCAGGUUGACCAUGUGGGGCUCACUUCUAAAAAUGUGAAGGUCGGGUAUUUAACUGGACGAAGAUGACCUUGCAACAGUUAUGUGCCUUUUUGUGAAACCAGCAAAACAUACAGCUGCUCGGAAGCUUUAAGUACUCAUCUCAGCAUCAUAAGCUCAGCUCUCACCAGUAAUAUUUUCUUCCUUCUCUUGUUUCCUUCAGGAUCAACUAUAUAUAUUCCCUUAACUAAAAUCAUAUAGGGAAACCCAUGGUCAAGAUUGACAACUUUGGAUACAAGCAGUUUUCCCUUCAAGGUCCGCAAAUCCAGCUUCAUGGUCUUGCUUGUCAUAUACCCAAUGCUUAUGGUAGUUGAUGUUUUCUUGAGUUCAUAGGUAAGAUUGGUUGUGCA